CUUCCAGCUUAGCAGUGUAGAUACGACUGAAAUCUAUCUUCUUAUCCUCAGCCAAGCACACCAAUUGAAAAUAAAUUCCAAAUGUGAAGACAACAAACACCAUCACUUUGCGCAUGGCAUCCGUACUUGGAACUUCUUCCCCAGCAAUUUUGGGUUCUCGGCGUUUCUCCUCUUCCAUAACCAAGCCGUCCUUUGCCUCUCUCCCCCUCACCACAGGACAGGGUUGUGGGAAGAAGUAUUAUGGAGGAAUAGGGAUUCAGGGCAAGAAAGGGAGGUCCCAAUUUCAUGUUGCGGUUACCAAUGUCGCAGCUGGCGUUAGUUCCGUUGAGGAGAAACUUGCUGCUAAGGAAAGCCAGAGGCCAGUGUAUCCAUUUGCUGCUAUAGUAGGACAAGAUGAGAUGAAACUGUGUCUUCUGUUAAAUGUGAUUGAUCCCAAGAUUGGAGGCGUCAUGAUUAUGGGUGAUAGAGGGACAGGGAAGUCUACAACUGUUAGGUCCUUGGUGGAUUUACUUCCUGAAAUUAAGGUAGUUUUUGGUGAUCCAUAUAACUCAGAUCCAGAAGAUCCAGAAUCCAUGGGUGUUGAAGUAAGGGAAUGCGUCGUGAAAGGGGAGAAGCUUCAAGUUGUGCUUACCAAAAUUAAUAUGGUUGAUUUGCCAUUAGGUGCUACAGAGGAUAGGGUUUGUGGUACAAUUGAUAUUGAAAAGGCUCUCACGGAAGGUGUCAAGGCAUUUGAGCCUGGCCUUCUUGCUAAAGCUAAUAGAGGGAUUCUUUAUGUGGAUGAAGUUAACCUUUUAGAUGACCACUUAGUGGAUGUUCUAUUGGAUUCUGCUGCCUCAGGAUGGAACACUGUGGAGAGAGAGGGUAUUUCUAUUUCACAUCCUGCACGGUUCAUUUUGAUUGGCUCUGGCAACCCUGAAGAAGGGGAGCUCAGGCCACAGCUACUUGAUAGAUUUGGAAUGCAUGCACAAGUAGGAACUGUUAAAGAUGCGGAGCUGAGAGUGAAGAUAGUUGAAGAAAGAGGCCGUUUUGAUAAAAACCCAAAAGAAUUUCGUGAUUCUUACAAGGCAGAGCAAGAGAAGCUACAACAACAAAUUGCCUCAGCUAGAACGUCUCUUUCUUCUGUGCAGAUAGAUCAUGACCUCAAAGUAAAAAUAUCCAGGGUUUGUGCUGAGCUGAAUGUGGAUGGAUUACGAGGAGACAUUGUGACUAACAGAGCUGCAAAAGCUCUUGCUGCUCUUAAGGGCAGAGACAAUGUCACGGCAGAGGACGUUGCUACUGUUAUCCCCAACUGUUUAAGACACCGUCUUAGGAAGGAUCCACUGGAGUCAAUUGACUCAGGUUUACUUGUCAUUGAGAAAUUCUAUGAGGUUUUUAGCUGAGGGUGCUAUUUAGAUGUCUCUUCAUGUAAUUUUUUGUUUAUUGAUAAUUUUUUGCUGUUUUUCACAUACUGCUUUCUGUGUUGUCCUAGUCAAAUUUCCUGCAAUUGUAGACGGGUUGUCGUUGUUUCUAUUGAGGACUUUGUACUAAAUUGAAGAGAAUGAAUUCUAUUCAUACA